UCACUCAACUCUUCCUCGCACUAAAACGGACACAGGCGGUGCAAACCCUCUUCUGCUCCCAGGAUAUCUUCAGCACGAGACAACCUCUUUGUGUGAAGGGUGUCCUCAUUCGGCUUCGAGCCACAAAGAUCAAAGAUGGCGACAGAAAACGAGCUGGAACUCCUCUUGAAGGCUGCUCACGAAGCGAAGGAAAAUUCCUAUAGUCCUUAUUCGAAAGUCAAGGUCGGUGCGGCGGUUCUGACGCAGUGCGGGAAAAUCCUAUCCGGUGCGAACGUGGAAUGCGCAAGUUACGGGCUGGGUGUCUGUGCUGAACGCGGUCUCCUCACACACGCAGCAUCCAGGGGCUUCAGAAGUUUCAAGACGAUAGUCGUCGUGUCGAAUUUGCCCGAAAUAACUCCAUGCGGCGCGUGUCGACAAUUCAUCGUCGAGUUCGGAACGGAUAUUGAGGUUUACACAGACUGUCCGGUGGACGGACGCGGCAAACCGAGGAAGUUCGGUAUAUUGGAGCUAUUGCCCGGAGCGUUUACUCCCCGAUCUCUUGGAACAUCAGGGAGCUGAUUCAAAUGUAUAUAUAUAUAUACGCGUGACGUGUUGCUAAUAUCUGACUCGGAGCUGUACCCCAAUAUGUUUGAUCUGACCUCGUGGAAUCCCGGGGAUUGUGGAAGCGUAAUAAAGUCACGCAUCGAG